AUGAGCUUCGAAAGUAUAAUAAUCCCACUAAUGCUGUUUACCCCUGGCGCAUUGGAUAUAUACCAGAACGUGUCAGCGUUGGUUUCAAAAAUUUCAUUUAACGGUGAUUUCAAUCUCUUCGACGGUAUGAAAUCUGGUACACCUGUUUGUCCUUCCUUCGAAAUCACCCUCAUUUUAGAAAAAGGGAGUAGAAAGUUUGCCAGAGGGAUGGGCGAAGUGCCAGGGGCCAUUUAAAAAACCGCGCGUUGGAUAGUCCUACUCAAGUAGAUAAAGUGAAAGUUGCAUGUUCAUACGCGCCACGUGGUUUAAUUGAGAGAGAAAAAAUUAAUGGAAAACGCGGUGAAAAAUGCGCAGCCGCAGAGCGUGGAUAAUGAGACAACUGAGCUGAAUUAUGGACCCGGCCAUGCGGAAUUCUGGAAACGCGUGAAUCUCGGUUCACGCAAAGGGAACUCGUCGCGACGGCGUGCUCGUCGCCGGGGGGCCAAUUAAAUCCAAUCAAUGCGCCAUUGAUCCCCGUUCGACGAACGAUACUCUUCCAAUAAUGAUCCGUUUACCGGUGACAAGAACUGCUUGUUGAAUAAAAUUCGUAAUUCAUUGUACGGUGGCGAGCAGUACUGGCACUUGAAACGCCCGAAUUCGUGCAAGUUCGCGCAACUUCACUUUUCGAUCGUUUCUAAAAAUAUUCCUCUGAAAAUGUUAUUAUCAGCCAGAAGCUGAAGUUGAAAAUAUUCUCACAGCGAGAAAGAUAGAUUUUCUUUUCUUUCUUUUUCUUUUUUUUUUUCGAAGAAUACGAAAGAACUAUCGCUACUGUUGAACGUGUAA